AUGGCUCCUCAACGUGGCGGCGGAGGUCAUCGGUCCAGCGGCUCGUCGUGUGGCCCAAAUGCUUUCAGUUCAAUGCAAGAAAUUAUAUUGCUGACGUUCAUGGUGCUUUUUUUCGUCUCCAGCCUGGGCCUAAGUUACUUAUAUCCAGUUCGCCGAAAAACAGCCCGUCUCAGAGGUCACGCGAGAGAUGGAGCACUGUGGACAGUGUUAGGGGUAUCUCUUGUGCUUGAGUCGAUAGUUCUGAUAUUGGAUAUCGCUAGCUUCGUUGGCAGUGAAUGCGCGCAGGAUUUUCAGUUCACCUUCAUUUAUCUCGCUGUAACCAGCAGCUGCCUUGGCCUGAUCAUCAGUCUCCUCCUGCUCGGCGCGAUGUUGCUUCCGAUCACUCGUCUGAUGCAUGAGUGCGCUGGUGGAAUCAUGCCCCGUGCUAAGUCAAUCUGCCAUAAAGUAUUCGUCGGCCUCAUGGGAGUCAACGUGAUUGCCUGUAUUGCCUUAUUGAUCUGGUUUAUUACCGACAUUGGCAAUGCUUAUUAUACGCAGUUUGCUGGUGGCUUUUACGGGAAUUAUGCGGGGCUCUUCAUCAUCAUAGAUGGUGGUCUUGGAGUCAUCGGAUCCUCCGUGGGUAUUUUGGCCUUCAUUAUUGCGAUAAGAGGUGCGCCGCAACUUCGCAGGAGUGGUAAAUUCCGGGCCCUCGCCUAUCUCUUCUCGCUAGCACUGUUUGCAAAGUACGUGACUAGUCUCGUAUUGAUUUGGGUCCCCAGCGGCAUCGAAGGAUACAUCCUUAACCAUAUCUUUCUGCUUGGGGCAAUGACAGCAGUGCUGUACUUUGUGCCCAACGCAGCGUUGGCGUAUACCAACAACACCGAACCCCCUCAGUACGAAUCAGGAGCCGCCCCCCCUCGGUACGAUGCCCGGUACAACCCAGUGCGCACGUUUCCCCAGGACGAGGUACACUGGCCCCGGGAAAAUAGGGCCAUAACGGAAACGUACGACGUGCCACCGAUACCGCACGCAGGUAAACCGCAAGAGCUGCCAGGAGGGUAUGCCGAAGCCCAUCGACCACCAUCGUCCCCUGGGCCGUACAGCCAUCCCGCAGAACUUCCACAUCAACCUUACCAUCCCUCAUGA